CAUAUAAGUCUUUUCAGGCAGUAGACGAAAUAGUUUUUGCUUAACCUAAGACAAAUAAACAUACACUAUGGCAGACUGGACAGAUAAAGAGCGCGCCACUGUUGCCAGUGUCUGGGGCAAAAUCGAUGUCAACGAAAUAGGACCGCAGGCUCUUGCCAGAGUGCUGAUUGUGUAUCCUUGGACUCAGAGGUACUUUGGGACUUUCGGAGACUUAUCCAACGCCGCAGCAAUCCUGGGCAAUGCCAAGGUAGCCGCUCAUGGUAAGGUCGUGCUAGGCGCAUUGGACAAGGGGGUGAAGAACGUGGAUAAUGUGAAAGCCACCUACACCGCGCUCAGUCAGCUGCACUGCUUGAAGCUGAACGUCGACCCUGAUAACUUUAAGCUACUGGCUGACUGUCUCACCAUCGUCCUUGCCACAAAAUUCGGCUCUGCCUUCACACCUGAAAUUCAAGCCACCUGGCAGAAAUUCUUGUCAGUUGUCGUCAUUGCCCUGGGAAGUCAGUACUUCUGAAGGAGACAUAAGGGAAUGUGCACUGCUCUCAAGAAAGCAUGGAGAACCCAGCAUUAAAUAAAUACAAUUAAAUUAAAAAA